AUGUAAAAAGUUGUCUACGAAUGUAUAUUAUUUCUAAUAAUAUCAUAGUUCUCAAAAAGUGUGAUAUUUUUGGUUAAGGAGUUAAUUUUAAUUAUAAAAAAGAAGAUACUUAUAAAACAGGAUUUGGAGGGUUUGCAAGUAUAGUAAUAAUUGUAGUUUUGGUUGGCUUUUUCCAAUCAAAUGUUAUUACUUUCUUUGCAAAAACCCAUAUAUCUGUUGAUUUAAACAUAAACUUCUAAGAAGAUCCAGACCUUAUUGAACUGAAUGAGGAAAAUUUUAUGAUUGCUUUUCAAAUUGAACAAGCAAAUUUUACAACCAAUCCUUAUUUUAACAUUUCAGUGCUCUAAUAGUAAAAAUUAAGAAAACUAAUUAAAAUAGGAAUGCUACUAGAUUAGAUAAUGGAACAGUAGUUAAAAUAAUUUAAGAGGUUAAUCUUAUCCCUUGUACACUAGAUAGAUUUCAAAAAAUAUUUACAAAAUAUAAUGUUGAUUUCAAGACCCAAUUCGACUAAAUAGGACUUAAAAAUUUCUUAUGUCCAGAUUAUAAUUAUUCUUUAAAGCUAGGCGGAAGGUAUACCAGUCAUGAAUUUAAUUAUGUAAAAAUAACAGUGUCGGAUUGUAGUAAUAAGACAAUUGAAAAUUCUCGAUUAACAUGGAAGCCUGUUUGCUAAUCUAAAGAAGCUAUUUAAAAUUAUCUAUCUAAAAAUCCAGCAUUUAAAGUCUCGCUUUACAUGACAAAUUUAGUUAUGAACCCAACAAAUCCAUAAGAUUUUACUUCUGCAUUUCUGGAUGACGAAUUAUAUUUUACUUUUGUAUAUAUUUUAGAAUAUCUUUUAGACACCAAAAUAACUUUCGGGAUAAGCAAAUAUAUUUUGGAGAAAAUAUAAUUUUUAAACAGAUGAUAGUUUGACACCUUUUUAAGUUAUGGUAAAUGAAACACAUUACGUACGAUCAGCAACAGAUUAUAGAGAUUUAACACUUUUAGGAACUGCUGUUGAUAGCACAUAUGCAUAGUUCUUUAUGAGAAGGAGUACUUACACUGAAAACGUUUAUAGAAAUUAUUAAAAAGUAGACGAUUUAAUGUCUUAUUUGGGAGGAUUUUUAUAAAUUAUGAUAGUAUUCUUUGGAUUCUUUAUUCAAGUUUAUAAUAAAUAAUCUUGUAAUUUAUAUCAUAAAAUAAUUUAGAACUAGUUGAUUUAUCAAAUGAACUAUUUGAUUUUGAUAUUGAAGAUAAUUAAGCAUAAAAACUAAAUAGAAAUGAAUUGGUAGCUAAUGCUAACGAGUCCUCCAUUUAAGGUUUAGAAAUGAAUCAAUAAUAAUCAAUGAUAUAUUUAGGAACUGCGUAGCCUAGUGCUAGAUUUGAUAAAGAUUAAGUAAUUAUGAAUAAAUCUUAAAAAUCCAUGAAGAAUACUUCAAAAGGAAUAUCAUUAGGAUAAUUAAAUUCAGUUCAAGAAAUUACCCCUUUAUCUUAAUUAUUUAUUAAUAAUUAAAAAUCAAUAGAAAAAAAUUAACCAUCACCUGAAAAAAUGGUUAAUAAUAAUGGAAGAUAAUAUUUUCUUGAAUAAAUCUAAAAAUUAUUUUCGAAAACAAAAAAAUUAGAUUUUACAUUUAAAUUUUUCAUUUAAAAAGUAUUUUGUGAAAGAAUGAUGAAAAAUCCUUAAGUUUUAUUAUUAAACAAAGCAGUGUAAAUAAUUUAUUUAUUUAGAAAUUAAAUCAAUGCAGAAUUGGACGUAUUUGGAAUUUUGGAUAAAUUGCAUGAGAUAGAUAAAUUAAAAGAAUUGCUAUUAAAAAAACCUUAAUAAAUUAUAUUUAAUUUUACUCCUAAACCGUUGAUUACUUUAUAAGAAUCGAAAUCUUUACCUUCGAGAUAGCGAGCAUAAACAAUCAAAUCCUCAAAACAUUCUAGGUAAUUAAUCAAAUAAGUUGUAGAUCUUUCAAUAAGGUGGAAUCUUCUAUGAAGAUCUAAUUAGACUAAGUAAGUAAACAUGUAAUUGAAAACAAAGAUGACUUUAUCGAUCAAGAUACUCCAUAAUAUUUAUAUUCCAAGCUAUUUAAAGUAUGUAAUUUUAAACAAAUAGGCAUAUUAAAAACUGAUGACUUUAAUUGAAAACUAGCAUGAAGAUGCUUAUUUAAACAAUCAAUUAAUUAGAAAAUUAGGCCCUUAAAUCUAAAAUAUUUUUGAAGUUUCCUGGCUUUUGAUGUAAUAAACAAAAGCAUCUAAAGAAAUUGAUGUAAAUGAUAGAGCUAAAAAGCUAAUAUCGUCUAAAUUUAGCAGAUUCAAAAACCAAAUCUAACAAGAGCAAGAAUCAAAUGGAGAAGUUGAUCCACAAGAUAUUGAAAUAUAGUUUAGUCCAAAAACAUCCUAAAAUUAAACCAUUUUGAGACGAGUUAUUGGAAAAAGAAAUUCGAACGAAUUUUGA